UCCGUGCGCAGCCGCCGCCUCGUCCGCGACUGCCGCCGCGCGCGCCUCCGCGUCCAGCCGCCGCCUCGUCUGCAACCUCCUCCGCCUCUGUGAACGACCGCCGCCGCUCGUCUGCGAGGUAGCCGCUGGGAGCCAGACGGCCCUAACGGUCCGUGAAAGUUCUCCAUCCCAUCCCACCUCAAUCCCUUCUACCAAACAAAAAACUAUAACCAUCCCAUACCACAAACCAAACAGACAACUGGAACUAUCCCAUCCUAAAAAACUGGGAUAGGUCUAACCCAUCCCACUUUGUCCCCAAACCAAACACACGCUUAUUAGUUUGGGAGGGACGGAGGGAGUAGUCACAGGCUGCCUCGGGCUCAAGCAUUGCAACGGGACGGGAUCUGCUGAACGUGAUUCUUUCUUUUCUCUCUUUUUCAGAAUCUCUUUAGGUUUGGUCUCUUUUUUUUAUAUACAAUGGAUUUUUUUCAGCGGUUUUUCAGUGGGAAGGGAAAAAAUACGAUUGUGCUUUACUAAGACGGUAGAGAUCAAAGCUAAGCGUAUUACUGCGUAGUACUCCAUUUUGAAGCGAAAAAAUGUUGUUGAGUCAGUUGUUUCUUCAUCAAUGAAGGGCAAAGGUAAAGCUCGGUGUGAUGCUUACGAGGAGCCCAUAGACGUUUCGGACGACGACGACACUGACCCGAGCAAUAGCGAUAGCCAUGGCAACGACCUGCCUGCCAAGCUGUCCGAUCUAUCGCGUCAUUUUGGCGAACGAUGCACGCAGAUGUUGGAUGAGGCCAUGGCAGAGAUCAAAGAUUCAUUUCAGGCAACGCAGGAAGGCAUUCUGGCAUUGUUAGCGAAGCACAACGAGAAAUGCGGCCUCGUUUUUUCAUCUUUAACGGAAGGCAUGCAGGCUUUGGCAGCGGAACACGGUGAGAAAUGUUACUCGGCUGUAAUGGAUCAAGCUGUCCAAGCAAAUCCCGAUCGAUCCAACGCUCGAUUACAUGGCGCAAUCGAAGGUGUGGAUACUGACGAUAUGCUAGCAGCAACGAUGCGAAGAACUGCAUCACAUGGUGAAGGUGCCAAGACUACUCGUAAACGAAGCAAGUUGUCACAUGAGGCUUCUGCAGCAAAUAGAUCCCAAACCCCCAUUGAUUUGAGAGGCAAAGGUGACUUGUUAGGGCCAAACAAAUUGGCAAAUGCAGCAAGAGGGCAGCAAAAUCCAGCUGCUGACCGUGCAAAUCCGUUGUCGGUGUCACGCACGGCCCGUAUCGCACAUCACCAUCUAUUAAAAUCACCAGCCCAAGCGACGUCAGCAGUUCAUACAAACCAUCGUGGGUUGGAUCAAGUCCAAAACACAGUUUUCCAAACGCAAGACAAAUGUUUCCUCGAUUGGUUGGUAUCAGCAGCUGCUGUGGGAGAAGCUAACAUGAGAGACGGCGCCACAUUGGAUCAAAACAACAAUGGUGCACAGGAUAAGUACCAAGGGCAAUCAGAACGUUGCGAGACGCAGAUGACGAAAGAGGCGGGGAAUCAUCUAAGGCCAUCUUGCAUGUCAUCGUUUUCAAUGCGCACAGUUCAUGAAUGGUGGCCAAACUCUAUAUUAGCUGGGAGAUUAUUCCGUUGGCUUGAGGAGUCAUGUGAUGACGAUAUAACCGGGGUUUGGUUCAAGCACGACAAGCCUACAUCAAUUGAGAUAAGUGCCAAGGAAAUCAAAAUGCAGGUCAUCCGCGGUGGUAUUCUACAUGCGGACCUUUGUUCAGCAUUGAUCAGACUCUACCAACAGUUAGAUGCCAAGAUGAAUACAAACCCAUGUGGGCAGCGGUGGCGUCACUUCUUCCUACCCCAAUUCGCGAAAGCUUUGAUGUUUGAACGAAACUUCAGUUCCAUGAAAGCAGUCAGUGACAUGUUUGAUCAACAUAUUAGCGGCUACAAAAUACAGAACUGCCAACUGCUCAUUUCCCCGGUUCAAUUAGCUAGUGAUACAUGGGCAUGCUACAUUUGGGACAUGGGAGAAGAGGCAAAUGCACAUUUUGGACCCUGUCUUGCAACACCGGGAGGUCUCCGAUGUGAGUGCUAAGCACCGUCAGACAGUUACGAUGAUCCACACAGGCUUGCUAACAUGUAUAAACAAAUUCUUCGAUGACUGGGAUAUUAACCCGGAUGGAUGGACAUGUACGUACCACACAAAGAUUAGCCCGAGGUGCCAAAAAUGGAACUCUGUUUUUCACACAUUAUACUAUGCGCGCGAGUUCUAUGAUGGCAAGCUGAGCAAUGUUCUAGAUUCGGGUAGGGUUGCUGCCUUGCGCAGGGAUCUUUUCUACAAGCUCCUGACUAUGGAAGGGAACAGCGCUGAGCUGCCAAGUCACAUUGCGAGAUACUUGGAGUAGUUGUACCAAGUGUCAUGCUGGUCGUUUAGCCUUUUGCUAGUAUGUUUAUGCUGCAAGUAUCUGACGAGAACUUAGGAAGUUGUCUUGUGACCAGGAUAAUUCCCAAGAAAUCUCCUUUAUCUAAAAAAAUAUUCUAGGCGUCUAGAUAAGCCAGUGUUUUCUAUUGAUAAUAGCUUGCACUGAAUAAAGGUAUAGCAGCAAGUUGUUUACUAGUAGCAUGUAGCAAAAGCCUUUUGUAUGGCUUCCGGCAUGUUAGGACUCUUUGGGAAGUGCAUCACUGAAUGAAUGAGUUUUCUGAGUAACUCUUUAAUUCAGUAGUUAAAUUUGACAGUAUAACCAUAUGCUUCUCUUUUUUUCUUCUUUUCAUUUGCAGCAUUGACUCGUCCCUCACAAGUGAAGAAAGGGGACAGGAACGGAAGUAAGCAGGCAUCAGAGCAACAUUUGUGCAGACCUACUACUCACUAGUAGUCUAUUUGGAGAUUAAUUAAUCAAAAUGAGCCUUCAGAAAUAAAUAGAUUCAGGGGUAAAUCCUGGUGCGUAUUUGCAUAGGUAAGUACUCUACAAAAGAAGCUGAAGGUAAUAUCGGCAGAAGUUUGCUCCAAGGUUCAGAGUUGAUAUGGGCAUGGGGCAUUUUAAGUUAUUGUACUGGAGUACUUAGGUAAUGUCAAAUCCUGUACUAGUUUCUGUAUUUUGAGAUGAGAGAGAGGACAUGUGUAGAUCGCUGCUGUGUUUGUAGUGUUGGUUUGUUGUACUAUGAUAAUUGUGUUAUCCAACAGCAGAAUGCUUUGCUGUCUGUCUA